CCGCACGGGGCGGGGGUGUGGCUGAGCGCCGCUCUAGCCGCCGCCUGCUGCUCCGCUGCUCUGCCCGUGCUGCAUUGUGGGGCGGCGGCGGCUCGGCAGCGCCCCCUCCCUUCCCUCCCUGCCCCCCGCCCCCUCCUCAGCGCCUUCUCCGGCCUCAGCUCCAAGAUGGCGGCGGCGGCGGCGGCUCCCCCGGCUGCAUCUCCGCCUCCCGCUCCGCCGGCGGGCCCGUGCUGUCCGGGCUCCUGGCCUAACUUCGCCGUCGUCUGCUCCUUUCUCGAGCGUUACGGGGCCUUGCUGGACCUGCCCGAGCUGCCCUUCCCGGAGCUGGAGCGCGUCCUGCAGCCGCCCCAGGAGCCCGGAGACCAGGUUCCAAAAGAAUUGGUGGAGCUUCACUUGAAACUGAUGAGAAAGAUUGGGAAGUCUGUCACAGCAGACAGAUGGGAAAAGUAUUUGAUCAAGAUAUGCCAAGAAUUCAACAGCACUUGGGCUUGGGAGAUGGAAAAAAAAGGAUACCUAGAAAUGAGUGUUGAAUGCAAACUGGGGAUUCUGAAGUAUCUCUGUGAAUGCCAAUUUGAUGACAAUCUCAAGUUCAAGAACAUCAUUAACGAGGAGGAUGCUGAUGCCAUGCGUCUGCAGCCCAUCGGCCGAGACAAGGAUGGGCUGAUGUAUUGGUACCAGCUGGACCAGGAGCAUAAUGUCAGGAUGUACAUAGAAGAACAGGAUGACCAGGAUGGAUCCACCUGGAAGUGCAUUGUUAGAAACCGCAAUGAGCUUGCUGAGACCCUUGAGCUCUUGAAAGCACAAAUUGAUCCAGCCCUGCUGAAACCCAGCAAUUCUCAACAGGAGAAUUCAUCACGUGAAAGCCCAAGCAUAGAAGAGGAAGAGGCCAAAAAGGGUGAAGAAACAUCUACACAAGAGAGUCAAGUAAAAGUCAAAGAGGAAAAGGAGGCGGUGGAGGAGCAGCCUGUGGAAUCGGAAAGCCUUCCUCCCCCUGUGGUCAAAGAAGAUGAAACUCCACUGAAAACAGAGAAAGCAGAGGAGAAAGAAAUCAUAAAAUUGCCAGUAAUAGUAAAAUUAGAGAAACCUUCAGAAUACAAUGAAGAAAAGCAAACUGUCAAAGACGAAAGCGACUCGUUCAAAGAAAACGUCAAGCCUGUUAAAGUAGAGGUGAAAGAAAACAAAAUAGACUCCAAAGACUUAAAAGAAGUAAAAAGUUGUACAGAGAAAAUAGCUCACGAGCCAGAGAGGUUAGAAUUUUGUGUUAAUGUCAAAACCCCCCAAGAAAUCGUGGAGAAAUCCGUGGAAGAAAGUGAGAAGCUGAAAAACGACCAGCAGGCAAAAAUACCGCUUAAAAAGCGAGAGAUCAAGCUGACAGAUGACUACGACAGCCCCAUAAAGGGGCCCCUCUGUAAAUGUGUUACUCCAACAAAAGAUGUCUUGAAAGAAGAAGGGAAACCAGAAGAAGAAGCUUUUAAGAGAGUCCCUACAAUUACUGCUUUAUGUCCUGAAGGGAAAGUGCUGGUCAACGGAGAGGUUAGCUGCGAAAAGCUCGCCCCCAGCGUCAUACAGAACAACAAGUCCGAGCACUCGCUUGGCCCGAAGGAAGAGAGCAGCUCAGUGAAGGAGAAAAAUGGGAGCAGUGGGGAGAAGGGGGCAGACCCCUUAAAUCCUGCUGGUAAAGUCAGCAAUGCUUGUGAGGCUGAGAAAAAUGCAGUAACUGUGGUGAAGGAAACGGGGGCUGUGGUCUCUGAGGUUUCCAAUCAGAAAGUGCCUUUAGCAGAGGAAUCUGGUCCUGUGGAGAAAGAGUCCCUUGACAGCACCGCUGCUGAAACUGUAGUGGAAGAGUCUUCAAAUGCUGAAGGCUGUGCCAAAACCAGUGAAGAGAAAUCAGCUGUGGACCUCCAAAAGGACAGACUGCCGCCACCCAAAGAAUGUUUAGAGAAGCUAGAGACGUCCACGAAUGCCUCUGCUCCUGCAGAGCUGCCCCAGCUUGCACUGUCUGAUGAAGAGACCUUGAAAAGUAAAGAUGAGUCCGAGGAGAAACCUGCUUCUCCUAAAGCUGCUGAGAUACCUCCUGCAUCUACUUCUCCUCUUACUUUAGAGAAACCUAGUUUGGAACAGGAAGACUCUGAUAGUAAAACAACUCUACCUGAGGAGAGCAAAGCAGAAGAAAAAUCCAGUCCUGAAAACCAAGAGGGAGAGCCAGAAGCUGCUAAGACAGAGCCAGAUAGGUUAGAUGAUGCCCAUGCUUCUAAUCUAGAGGACUCUUCAGAGACUAAAAAGGAAUCCCCAGUACCUAAAAGCAAAUACAAGUACAAGCUAGUUUCUGAAGAAGAAAGCUGUGCAACAGACAAUAAAGAAAUCACUUCUGAGAGACAGAAGGAAGGAAUUAAGUUAACAAUCAGGAUCUCCAGUCGGAAGAGGAAGGCUGAAACGCCGCCAGAAGACGUCAGCGUUGGCCGCACGCUGAGGCGCUCGCCGAGAAUAUCCAAGCCUACUCCCAAGGUCGUGGAGACUCGGGAUCAGAAACCUGACAAAAAACGACCUGAGGAGGAAGAGGAAAAACCUGCAGCAGCACAGAAACAUGAACGAAAAGAGGAUGCCAAAAAGCAUGAGAAGGAGUCAAACUCUAAGGUCAACAAGAGAAGCAAAGUUCGGUGGACAGGUACACGCACACGGGGCAGGUGGAAAUACUCAAGUAACGAAGACAGCGAGGACUCAGAGAGUGAAAAAAACUCUGAGGAGGAGGAGGAAGAGGAGGAGGAAGAGGAAGAAGAAGCUGCACCAGCAGAUGACGAUGAGCCAUGCAAGAAGUGUGGCCUUCCCAAUCACCCUGAGCUGAUUUUGUUGUGUGACUCCUGUGACAGUGGCUACCAUACAGCCUGCCUUCGUCCUCCUUUGAUGAUAAUCCCUGAUGGAGAGUGGUUCUGCCCACCUUGCCAGCAUAAACUGCUCUGUGAGAAAUUAGAAGAACAAUUGCAAGAUCUGGAUGUUGUCUUGAAAAAGAAGGAGCGUGCAGAACGCAGAAAAGAGCGGUUGGUGUAUGUGGGUAUCAGUAUUGAGAACAUCAUUCCACCUCAGGAACCAGAAAUACCUGAAGGUCAAGAGGAAAAGAAGAAAGAUUCCAAAAAGCCCAAAUCAAAGCUGCUUGAAAGGAGGUCUACCAGAACCCGCAAGUGCAUAAGCUACAGGUUUGAUGAAUUUGAUGAGGCAAUUGAUGAGGCCAUUGAAGAUGAUAUCAAGGAGGCCGACGGAGGAGGCAUUGGCAGGGGCAAGGACAUGUCUAACAUCACAGGUCACCGUGGAAAAGACAUUUCCACAAUCCUGGAGGAGGAAAGGAAAGAAAACAAACGACCACAAAGGGCUGCUGCAGCGCGGCGCAAGAAACGACGGCGACUAAAUGACUUGGACAGUGACAGUAACCUGGAUGAAGAGGAGAGUGAGGAUGAAUUCAAGAUCAGUGAUGGAUCUCAGGAUGAGUUUGUUAUAUCAGAGGAGAACCUGGAUGAAAGCGAAGACGAGCCACCGUCAAACGAAGACAGCGACUCCGAGUUCUGUGCCCGCAUAUCCAGGCGACACCACUCCAGGCCCAUGAGGCAAAGCAGGAGGCUACGAAGGAAAACAGCCAAGAAAAAAUACUCUGAAGAUGAUGAAGAGGAAGAAUCCGAGGACAAUUCAAGCAGAGAAUCUGAGAGUGGUGAUUACACAGAUUACAGCGAUGAUGAUUACCUGGAAACCAGGAGGAGAAGGUCAAGGCGGAAUCAGAAGAGACAAGUGAAUUACAAGGAAGAGUCCGAAAGCGACGGCUCGCAGAAGAGCGUCCGAUACGGCAAGGAGCUGAGAAGAGUGCACAAGCGCAGGCUCUCCACUUCAGACAGCGAAGAGAGCUACGCAUCCAAGAACUCCGAGGACGAGGAGCCCAGCAAGGAGUCGAAGCGGCCGAUCCGCAAGCGCCGGCGAAGCGCAGGGGACUACUCGGCGGAAGAAGGAGGGGACGAGGAAGAGGAAGGGAGGCCUGUCCGCAAGCGGCUGAACCGGAUCGAGACGGACGAAGAGGACAACUGCGAGAACGCCGCCGAGGGGGCAGGGAACCCUGCUCCUGCAAACAAGCUGCCAGCCCCCCAGGCUCCUCCAGACGCCACCAAGAAGCACUGCUACCGGAUAGAAAGCGACGACGAAGAUGACUUUGAUAACGUAGGGAAAGUAGAGAGCCCUUUGGACUACAGCCUGGUGGAUUUGCCUUCCACCAACGGACAGAGCCCAGGUAAGACCAUUGAGAACUUGAUUGGGAAGCCAAGCGAGAAGACCCAGGCCCCCAAGGACAGCACGGCCAGCGCCAGCCUGGCGCCCAACGGCACGGGGAGCGGGCAGGAGGCGGUAGGGCCGGAGGAAGACGAAGAUGAACUUUUGAGAGUGACUGACCUUGUUGAUUACGUCUGUAACAGUGAACAGUUAUAAGACUUCCAUUUUUGUGCUAAUUUAUUCCACGGUAGCUCAUACCAGCGGGCCAGUUGUUAAAAGCUGUUUUAUUUUUCCUAGAAAAUUCUCCACUACAAUAUCACUUUUUAGAAGCAAGAAUUUCACCAGUCCUGCAGUCUUUCUGUGAAGUGACCAGUUUUGAACUUUGAAGAGAAAUUGCUGUAAAUUCCCCUCUCUUACUCAACACCCCCCACCCCCCCGCUGCCCCUGGCCCCUUUUCUCCUUCCAAGUCCAUGGUCCUGGGUAAUUUCACUCACAAAAAACCUUAUAACAACAAGAGAUUUGUAUAUUUUUGACUUUAUAUUUCCUGAGUGCAUACAAAUUUGUGGAAAUGGGUGGCCUAAGAAAGCAUUCCAAAUCAGUCAGGGCCCAAACCGGAAGCGGGGUGGGUUUGGCUCAAGGGGUGGGUUGGGGCUGGGGGGGUUGGGGGUGGGGGUGUGCAGAAGCACUUGUGCUUUAGCUUUUUUCAUAUGAGAUAUAUAUUCUAUUUAAAUGUUCACGACUUAGAUUACAAAUUAACAGACAGUUAAAAGAAAUGAAUGUCUGUACUGUCGCAUUUUGUGAGUUGUAGGUUAACCAUACCAUAGCUCAUUUUAGUAAUCACCUUCAUGGAAGCAGUUUGAUUUCUAAUACUGGAGGCAAAGCGAAUUAUUAGAGGCCAAGAAGGUACCAUAAACAAGAACUCUACUAUCCACUAUGACUUGCAGACUUUCCUAAUAAACAUCCUUUAAAGUGUUUGUACAGUGAA